CCGCCCGUCCCCUCGCCGAUCGAUGACCGCACCUCCCACCACAUCUGACUAACUCCGGCCAGGGACGCAUCGCCUUGGCUGUAUAUAUAGGAAGCUAGCGGACGACCCGCGCGCCCCAUAAAUCGCCAUGGCCUCCGUGGACCUGCAACGCCUGCGCCACAUGUUACUCACCACCGGCGCCGGCGCCGGCCACCACCAGCUCGCCUCCGCUGCUGCUAUGCCAGCGAGUGGGCCUUGUUAUGGCGCUGCGAUGGCGUGCCAGCCGGGGCAGCCGUACGCGGACCUCUUCACGCUGCCGCCGCCGCCGACGUCGUCGGUCGCGGAUCAGUAUUCGGAGUUCUUGGCGAUGGCUGGGGCUGAUCUGGUGAAGAAGGGCGUCAGCCCCGACGGUGCUCAGGAAAUGAUCACCAAGAUGCGGAGGCGCGACGAGCAGUCGUCGAUGCUUGGCGCGGUCGACGUUCUUGCGGCCCACGCGCAGCAGCAGACCAUCGACGUCGACCGCAUCCUGCUCAAACAUGUGAAAACGAUGUGGACUACUCUCGCGGAGCAGAGGCAGACCCACACGAGGCUCAUCAUCUCGACCGUGGAGGCCAGGGCGGCGAAGCGGCUCAAGGCUAAGGACGAGGAGAUUGAGCGGAUCAGGAUCAUGAACUGGGCGCUCGAGGAGCGCCUUCGGAACCUCUUCAUGGAGGCUCAGAUGUGGCGCGACGUCGCGCAGUCCAACGAGGCCACGGCCAACGUGCUCCGCGGCGACCUUCAGCGGGUGCUCGACGCCCAGGCGGUCCGUGGCGGUGGAAUAAGCGGCGACGGUCAGGAGGAGGACGCAGAGUCGUGCUGCUGGGGGGAGAACCAGGCGCCCUUAUGCGCGGAGGAGGACGUGGGCACGCCGGCAGUGGAGGAGCGUCCCGCGACAGGAGCAGGAAGGUGCAAGGCGUGCCGCGAGGGCGCGGCCGUUGUGCUGCUGCUGCCGUGCCGGCACCUCUGCGUGUGCGCACCGUGCGCGGCCGCGGCAUUGGCGUGCCCGGCGUGCGGAAGCGCCAAGAAUGGCAGCAUCUGCAUCAACUUUUCGUGAUGCGGGAGGAAUAGUUUUAGAGUCGGCAUUUUGUUUCGUUCUGAAACUUACUAGAGUCGACUUUUGUUUGUAUUCCUUUGUUCACUUUUUUGUUGUUGACGGGGUCACUACCAGAAUAACUGGCGAUGCCGACGGCCGAACCUAUGCCGACGGGCCCCAUCGGCAUAGAUUGGCCUAUCCCGAAGGCCCAGCCCAGGCCGUCGGCAUAGAAAAGCCGUCAGCGUAUAUCAAUCUAUGCCGACGGCCCCCGUCGGCAAAGCUCACCCGUCGGCGUCGAUAGAAAUAUGCCUACGGUGGCCGUCGGCAUAGAGAAGGCCGUCGACAUAGCUAGUGGGCUCGGCUACCCGGACGGAGACGGCCUUUUGACGGCGUCAAUCUACGCCGACGAGCUAACGGCGGCCGUCGACAUAGACGCCACGUCAUCGAUCCGCGUCGCCCGCCACGUCAUCAUCCGCGUCGCUCGCCUGUCCGUGGGGUGGCAAAUCUAUGCCGACGGCCUGGCCGUCGGCAUAGGUCUGGCCCAUGGAUGUUGCCACAUCACCGAUCCGCGCCCUUAGGCACGUCAUCGAUCCGUGGCCAUGUGCGCAGGUAUGCCGACGGCCUUGCCGUCGGCAUAUCUCUAAUUUUUAUUUAUUUUUAUUUUUUUAC